GAUGCCUGUUCACAUUUCAUUCGUAUAUAUCCGUUGUACGCUCGUACCUGACUGGCUCUCGUCGGGGUCCCCUUGACCUCUACCUGCUUCCACCAACUGUUCAUACACUUACUCCUGGUCAUAAGACUGCAGACUGUUUACCAGAUUUAAAUACAUGGUGAAAGUAUGACUGAAAAUUUUACUUCAUUUUUUCUUCGUCACGGCAACUCUUACGUACCUCUUUGACAAACACAAAUUUUAAAUAAUUAACUAACAAUCAAGAAAAACGAUAGACAAGGAAUAUUUACCAUAUUCAAUGCAAUAAAAUGAGUGCUCCAAUAUCUCAGGAUAGUACCGACCACGUGUCGAUACCUAUAAAUACAACAGAAGCACCAGCUAAAAAAAAUUGGGUUCAAUUCGACGAAGAAUCUACACAACACACUGAAGAGAUAACAAACGAAAACAUUCCAGCUACAAUAAAACAAGAAUCAGUGACUGUGAGUGUUGAUAAAAUAAUAAAAGCUGCUGAGAAAGCAGAAGAGAAUCAUAAAAAAGAACAAAAUGAAUAUAAAGGUGCUGUGAUAGCAACAGAAUCCGUCCAAAUAAAUUUAGAUCGAUCAGGGCUAAGUAGAUCAUUAUCUUCCGAGAGUCCUGAUAAUCUUGCUGCAUCUGAAGUUAAAGUUUCAGACCCCAAAAGUGCAUCUUUAAAAACCAUUGAUCUUCGCGAUGUUUCGAAUGGUCGGAACAAUAUUAAUAAUAUUAUAAGCACACCUAUUGGUAAUAUAAGACGAGGAUUUGCUAAUGGAGAUACAAUUGUUACUCUACUGCCAGUUAAUACCAGGUGGCCUUGGAUUACACCAGCGAAAUUUCGACCUGAACUAGUUCCUGAGGAACUUAUGGCUCAAGGAUUGACGUUGACAGUUGAAGAUUAUGUGCAUAUUAUGGAAUUGCUGGUCAAUGAUGUACGUUUCAACAUGUACAACAUAUGCUACAAAAGAAUUCUCGUCUUAUGGAUAUUCACAGCAUUUAUAAUACUCCUUGGCCUAUUGUUUUCUGGUGUCACAGGGCUAACUCUUUUUGGCCUUGGAAUAAUGUGGUUAAUUUUAAAUGCUGCUGCUAUAUUCUUGUGCAUGUUUAUCAAGAUUAAACUCAAUCAUAACCUGGAGAAGUGUAUGGCACAAGUGAAUAAACAUCUGUUACGUCAUAAAAUUCUACUUGGCUUGGAUGACAGAGGAAAAAUAUCGUGUCAUAAAGUGAAUCUUUGCUUCAUAUACUUUGACACUACUGAUUGUAUAAAAAAAUUGCAAGAUGUUAUUGAAAGAGAAGAAAGAGAAGGUAGAAUUAUCGGUGGCGACGAGACGAGUGAAGCCCAACGACGAAGACAAGAAUUACAACAACGCAUGGAUAUUGACGAUAGUGAUAUUGUCAUACAAGGGAGCUCGACUACACGGUUAUCUCGAAAGCAGCUUUAUUCGUUGAAUGGUGACGGUGUGUGUUGGCAGGAGCGGGCGGAGUUGCUGUUGCUGAGAUACGCGUCACGAUGGACGCGGCAAUUUGUUCGUCACAGACUCGACUUGGUUAUUGACUCUCAGGAGCGCAAUAGAACCAUCGUGGGACCAACUGUUCCUCCGCGUCAUUGCGUCUCCGCCCGUUGUCCUUGCCAGUUUAUCGAGGAUCAUCUUAAAUACAAGCCCAGAGCUGGACAAAAAAAGGAAAAAAUCUCUGUUCUAUCGCAUAAUCAUGCUUUAAAUACUUGAAACAAAAAAAAAUUAUAUAUUGUAUUUAUAAAAAAAAUUGGGAAAUAUAUUGAAUUAACAAUAAGAGCAUGACUUUUUCAGGCUAUCCGCCAGGUUUUACGUGGUGUGCUUACCUUAGUGAUCCUGUUAUUAGAUAUGAUCCAACGUAUAGUAUAAGUCCAAGUAAUC